AUGAAAUUCGUGAUCCUCGCCUGCAUGGCCGCCGUGGCCGUCGCCGCCCCCCAGUAUGCCUACGAGACCCCUGCCCCGACCUACCUCGUCCCCGCCGCCUCCAGCCGAGAUGAGUCCGCUGAGGUGAUCGAGUUCAUUCCUAUCCUGAGGGACGACCGCGUCCACGAGGACGACGGAAGGUACAACCUGGACGUGGAGACUGCCAACGGAAUCUCCAUGUCCCAGUCCGGCUCUCCUGACGGUCCCGACGGCGCCAUCGUCAAGGCAGGCCAAUACUCGUACACUGCCCCAGACGGCACCUUAGUUGAAGUCAAAUUUGUCGCCAACGAGAACGGCUUCCAGCCCCAAUCUGACAUCCUUCCUGUGGCUCCCGAGUUCCCCCACCCGAUCCCUCAGUUCGUCCUCGACCAGAUCGCCUUCGCUGCUGAGGAGGACGCUGCCCGUGAACGUGCUGAGGCUGCUGAGGUUAAGGCUGCUGCCUCUGUGAAUGUCCCUUCACAGCUCUAUGGAAAACCCCAGUGAAAA